AUGGAAGCUGCUUCUUGUGAUGAACAUGGAAAUUUCCAACCUUACCGAACUUCCUUCCAUUUUCAAGCUCAUCAAAAUUGGCUCAACGAUCCUAACGGACCACUGUACUACAAAGGAUUCUACCAUCUGUUCUACCAACACAACCCUUUGGCUCCAUUUUUCGGGGACAUUAUGGUAUGGGGACACUCUGUUUCACAAGAUUUGGUCAAUUGGAUCCAACUAGAACCAGCCCUUUUCCCCUCUGAUCCCUCUGACAUCAACAGCUGCUGGUCAGGAUCCGUCACAAUCCUCCCGGAUGGCAAACCUGUAAUCUUGUACACCGGAAGCGACACCAAUAAACAUCAAGUGACAGUUCUUGCCGAGCCUAAGGAUGCUUCCGACCCUUUGCUUUGCGAGUGGGUAAAGCCUAAAGGAAAUCCUGUGAUGGUCCCGCCUAGUAAUGUCCCGAUUGAUAGUUUCCGCGAUCCAACGACCGCGUGGCAAGGGAAAGAUGGUAAAUGGAGAGUUCUUGUAGGAGCUAAGGAGAAAGAUAGUAACAAAGGAAUGGCGAUUUUGUAUCAUAGUGAUGAUUUUGUCCAAUGA